AUGUUGAAGCCAUUGAUAAUUUUUUUCAUAGUUGCUUUUGGUUAUCCUAUUCAAGCAAUAAAUAAAGAUGAUUUACUUGUUGUUGCGGUUGCUACUAAUGAAAAUGAUAAUUAUCAUCGUUUUAUUCGAUCAUUAAAUGUUUAUGGUUAUAAAUAUGAGAUUUAUGGCCUUGGUCAAGUUAGAACAAAUGCUGAACAAAAAAUGAAAAUUCUUCAAGAAAAUCUUGUUCGUUAUAAGGAUGAUAAAACAAAAGUUAUUCUAUAUACUGAUGCUUAUGAUGUAAUAUUUACUCAAGGACCAGAAUUUGUACUUAAUAAAUUUGAAACACUAAAACCAGCUCGUAUUGUAUUUGGUGCUGAAGAUACUUGUUGGCCUGAUGAAAAUUUACAAUAUGGUUAUCCAAUGGUUGAAAGUAAAGAAAAACGUUUUUUAAAUUCUGGUGGUUUUAUGGGUUAUGUAUCGGAUAUAUAUGAAAUGAUUACAAGUCAAGAUGAAAUUAAAGAUGAACAAUUAUUUUUUACAAAAGUUUUUCUUGAUGAAAAUCUUCGAAAUAAAUGGUCGAUUAUACUUGAUAAACGUGCUGAUAUAUUUAUGAAUUUAAAGAAUGCUAUUGAUGAAAUUGAAUUACCAUCUAAUGAAGGUGAUGUUUAUGUACACAAUACUUGGACAGAUUCAAUUCCAACGGUUAUUCAAGGCAAUGGUCCUGCUAAUAAAGUUUUAAAUUAUUUAAGUAAUUAUAUUGCUCAUACUUGGUCAUCAAUUGAUGGAUGUUUACAAUGUAAAGAAAAUUUAUUUGAUGUAACUCAAAUUGAUGAUCUUAUGCAAUGGCCUAUGGUUUAUAUCGCUUUAUUUAUUGAAUUUCCAACACCAUUUCUUCGAGAAUAUUUUGAAAAAAUAAUGAAAAUUACUUAUCCAAAACAACGUUUGGGUUAUGAUAUAACCGAAGGUGAAGCACGAGAACAAGCAAUUCGUGAAUGUCAAGAUGAUAAAUGUGACUAUUUAUUUGCUCUUGAUUCAAUUGCUCAUAUUGAUCAACCAGAUACAUUAAUUCAAUUAAUAACAUUUAAUCGAAGUGUUGUUGCACCUAUGCUUUUACGACCUGGACAAACAUGGAGUAAUUUUUGGGGUGAUUAUUCAGAUCAAGGAUUUUAUCAACGAUCACCUGAUUAUAUGGAUAUUAUUAAUUAUAAAAAAAUGGGUCUUUUCAAUGUUCCACAUGUUGUUCAUGCUUAUUUAAUUAAUGGUUCAUUGCUUCAACGUUUUACACCGAAAUAUAUCGAUUCUAAUACAGAUCCAGAUGUAAAAUUUUGUCAAUCAUUACGAGAUGCCGGAUAUUUUAUGUAUGUAAAUAAUGAACUAAACUAUGGACAUUUGAUUGAUUCAGAUAAUUUUAAUAUAUCAUUAAUUAAACCUGAAUUAUAUGAAAUAUUUAAUAAUGUUAAAGAUUGGAAAGCUCGUUAUCUUCAUGCAGAUUAUUAUAAAGCUCUUGAAGCAAAUACAACAGUUGAACAACCAUGUCCUGAUGUAUAUUGGUUUCCAUUUGUAACUAAAGAAUUUACUGAAGAUUUAGUUUAUCUAAUGGAAACAUUUAAUCAAUGGUCAGGAUCAUCACAUAGUGAUUCUCGAUUAGCUGGUGGUUAUGAAAAUGUUCCAACAGAUGAUAUUCAUAUGACACAAGUUGGUUUACAAGAACAUUGGUUAUUUAUUCUUCGAGAUAUUGUUCAACCAAUACAACAAAAAGUUUUUACUGGUUAUUAUAGUGAUCCACCAAAAGCUGUACUUAAUUUUGUUGUUCGUUAUAUGCCUGAUCGUCAAAAUAAAUUACGACCUCAUCAUGACGCAUCAACAUAUACACUUAAUCUUGCAUUGAAUGAUGCUGAAAAAGAUUUUGAAGGUGGGGGUUGUCGAUUUGUUCGAUAUAAUUGUUCGGUAUCAUCAACACGUCGUGGUUGGGCAUUAUUACAACCAGGUCGUUUAACGCAUUUACAUGAAGGCUUACCAGUAACAAAAGGAAUAAGAUAUAUUAUGGUUUCAUUUAUUGAUCCAUAA